CCUCCUUAUAUGGCAAAGUAAUGGCUCGAGCUGACAAGGGCGGAAACGCGGCGCGGUGAUCGUUGGGUAAAUUCAUCCAGGAAGAAGAAGCAGCUCCUUCUGCUCUGCUACACAAACGAACCCGACGUCAAAGUAAACAACCGAGUCACCGCUUUAGCAGGUAUGGCAGAGUUGGCGAGUCUGGUGCAGCGGCUGGAGGUGGCAGUGGGUCGCCUAGAGGCCAUGUCAGGCCCCGGUAGCGGAAAUGGAGGGUCUGCUGGUGGAGCGGUAUCAGCCUACGUUGAGGCCUUUGACGAGAUCAUAAAUGGCCCUGUGGCUCAGUAUUACUCAAUCAGCCAGCAGAUAGCUGGGGAUGUCCUGAAACAUGCAGAAAUGAUGAAGCAGGCAUUCUCCUGUCAGAGACAACUCCUUCUAAUGGCCUCCUCUUCCCAGAAGCCCUCUGAUGCGGUUUUGACCAACCUCCUGCAGCCGGUGUGCAAAGCCAUCCAGCAGGUGCAAACAUUCCGCGAGCAGAACCGCACAUCUCAGCACUUCAACCACCUCUCCGCCAUCAGCGAGAGCGUGCCUGCCCUCGGAUGGGUUACCAUGGACCCAAAACCAUGCCCGUAUGUUAAAGAGAUGCAGGAUGCCGCCAUGUUCUACACUAAUCGUGUGCUUAAGGAAUACAAGGAAAAGGACAAGAGGCAUGUGGAAUGGGUACGCGCCUAUUUGUCAAUCUGGACCGAAAUGCAGAGUUACAUCAAACAGUACCACACCACCGGUCUGUCUUGGAGCAAAACUGGCCCGGUGGCAUCAGCGACUGCAGCCCCUCCCAGUGCGCCUGGUGGAUGCCCUCCCCCGCCUCCUCCUGGGCCACCACCUCCUCCCAUCAGUGAGACCUGUGGCGACAGUGAAACUGUCAAUCGCAACGCAUUGUUUGACUCCAUCAACAAAGGAGCCGACAUCACCAAGGGCCUCAGGCAUGUCAAGGAUGAUGAGAAGACACACAAGAAUCCUGGCCUCAGAACUCAGGGGUCUGCUGUGCGCACCGGACCAAAGCCCUUUAGCUCCCCCGCUGCCCGACCUGCUGCAUCUGCCACCCCGACACGCACGCUUCCCCCCGUUUUUGAGCUGGAAGGAAAGAAGUGGAAAGUGGAGAACCAAGAAGGUGCACAGGAUCUGGUGAUCGGCGACACUGAGCUGAAGCAAGUGGUUUACGCUUUCAAGUGCAAUAUGAGCACUCUUCGUGUCAAGGGCAAAAUCAACUCGAUCACUCUUGAUAACUGUAAGAAAAUGGGGUUGGUGUUUGAUGACGUUGUGGGCAUUGUGGAUGUCAUAAACUGCAAGGAUGUCAAAGUCCAGGUUUUGGGUCGUGUGCCUACCAUCUCCAUCAACAAGACGGAUGGUUGCCACGUGUACCUGAGCAAUGACUCACUCAGCUGCGAGGUCGUCAGCGCAAAGAGCUCAGAGAUGAACAUACUGGUUCCCCAAAAAGAUGGCGAAUUUACGGAGCUCCCGGUUCCUGAGCAGUUCAAGACGGUCUGGGAUGGCCAGAAGCUUGUUACCACAACAACAGAGAUCGCAGGGUAGAGUAGCAGCAUGAGAAACGGCCACCUGUUCUCAACACCGCCGCGCACACACACACACACACACACACACACACCCCUCUUCCCCUCAUUCGGCCACCUGACUGAUCACCAACUAACCCACAUGCUGUAGAGGUGAGCAUCGAACACCCCCACUCCCAGUUAGCCAAUCGCAGCUUUAGCUGUUCCUUCCCACAGCCAAUGAGGAAUGCUCACUUUUAUCAGAAGCAUUCCUCCAGCCAAUCAGCAGGGAGCACUUUGCCAUUAGGUAUAUUUUCUAUUUAUCUGGAUCAUGCUAUGCUUUACACCGAAAUUAGAGGGCGUGUAGUCAAUGUUGGAUAUUGUUUUCACUGGGGCCAAUCAGGCAGUAGUACCAAGAUUCACUUAUUUCUGACAUUUUUGUGGCUUGAUAGGUUUGUGCUCCUUAAUAUGCAAUUAAGCACUUGUUAACAAAUCCUUCCCAUGGCCUCCAUAUCGCACAUUGACCGAGAAUAUUGUUGUGGAUAUUGAAUAUUGUCAGCGCAUAAAUUAGCUGUAAAAUCAGGUUGUGUUUGUGCACCACACCUCUACUCUUGCAAUGAAAUGGAUCAUCUCAUUGGAAUAUGGAUCAGAUCACAAUCAUGUGUCCUUGUGUACACAUUCCCAAAUAUUAGACAUUCCAUGUGAGGAGGCUUGUAAGGAAAGGUUGUGGCGAGGCGAAGGGCAAAGUGAUCUAGCCUGCUAACUGUGGUUCCUAGGAGAUGUGUCACCACGAUGUCUAGAUGCUGGUCAUAUUGGCUCUUGCACUUAAAUCAGUAGACAUGUCUGCACCAUUUGGCUAGCAGUCUUUUAUAUUGUCUUUCUUUUACCUCGUUUUUUUUGGGGGGGGGGGA